UUCACCCUCCUGCAGGAUGCUCAGGUCCCUCUGUUCCCCUCAACCAGGCUCCUGAUUUCCAGCUUGUAGAGAUGGCCCGAGGGAAGAGGAGGGGUCUAUGGACCUGACUUCACUUCGGCAGAGGUGGUGGGCGGUGGCCAAGGCCCUCUUACUCCCCACCUCGCACCACAGCCAGUCCCAGCCAGAGCGUCUUCUCCACCAUCCCCCAGAGGCUUCCUUCUGGGGAGACCCCACGCACAGACAGAUAAAGGGUGGGGACCCCACUUUCAUCAACCCCGAUGUCCGAGAGCUCCUGGAGAUGCUCCUGACCAAGGGAGCAGGACUGCAGCUGUGAAGGAGGACGGAAAGCGGGGG